GCCCGGCAGUAUGCACAGUGCUCCCAUCACCUGAGCAAGCAGGUAAUUAAACCUUGCCGAGCAAUUACCACACAUGGCUGCUGGCGAGACGACGACACCACCGUUCAGUUCCGUGCACGUGAACAGGCGCCUGGCCACCGCCAACCGCCUCAUGGCGGCCGUCCACGCAGCGCUCGCCGCCGCGGCCAUCGCCCACCGCGCCCUGCACCUGCAUCAGCUCAGCGGCGGCGUGGCCCGCAACGCCGCCAUGGUUGCGGCGGACCUGACGCUCCUGUUCCUGUGGACGCUGUCGCAGUCGGGCCUGUGGCGGCCCGUCUCGCGCGCCGCGUUCCCGGACCGGCUGCUGGAGUCCCGGCGGCGCGGGGACCUCCCGGCCGUGGACGUGCUGGUGGUGACGGCGGACCCAGACAAGGAGCCAGCGUUGGGGGUGAUGAACACGGUGGUGUCGGCCAUGGCGCUGGACUACCACGGCGGGAGGCUGAGCGUGUACCUAUCGGACGAUGCCGGGUCGCCGCUGACGCUGAUGGCCGCCCGCAAGGCCUACGCCUUCGCCAGGGCGUGGGUGCCCUUCUGCAGGAGGCACUCGGUGCAGUGCCCGUGGCCCGACAGGUACUUCGCCGGCGACGACGGCCAGGAUGACGGCGGCGAUCGCUGCGGUGAGGCCGCCGAGGAGAGGCGAAGAAUGAAGAAAAUGUACGAGACGUUCAAAGGGGACAUAGAGGAGGCCAGUAAGGAGAACAGUAUUUCCAGGAGCUGGACGAAAGAAAAACGUCAGGAUCACGAUGCUUAUGUCGAGAUCAUCACCGCGGGCGAGGAGGACGACGACCAACAGGGCGAGGAAACCAUGCCGUUGCUGGUGUACGUGUCCCGCGAGAAGCGGAGGGCGUCCCCUCACCACUUCAAGGCCGGCGCUCUCAACGCCCUGCUGCGGGUGUCGAGCCUUGUGAGCAACGCGCCCUACUUGCUGGUGCUCGACUGCGACAUGUCCUGCAACAGCCGCUCCUCCGCCCUGGAGGCCAUGUGCUUCCAUCUCGACCGAUCCCCGCCGGCGCCGGAGAGCCUCGCCUUCGUGCAGUUCCCGCAGAUGUUCCACAACCUCAGCCCCAACGACAUCUACACCAAUGACCUCCGAUCCUUCUUCGCGACUCGAUGGAUCGGCCAGGACGGCCUCCGGGGCCCGCUCCUCGUUGGCACCGGCUUCUACGUCAGGAGGGACGCACUGUACGGGGCCAUGCCGUCCGCCGCCACCUCGUUGCCGGCGCACGGUGCAGAGUUCUCGUCCAUGGAGGCCGGCGAGCUGGUGAGGAGGUUCGGCCACUCCGACGACCUCAUAUCCUCCGUGCGCAACCUCCACCUGCAGAAACCACCUGCGACUGGUCUCCAACGUCGUCGUCUUCCUCGAGACGCGGCGCUGGUGGCCUCCUGCGCGUACGAGACCGGCACCGGGUGGGGCGACGAGGUGGGGUUCAUGUACCAGUCGGUGGUGGAGGACUACUUCACCGGCUACCGCCGCUUCUUAUCCCGGGGCUGGACGUCGGCCUACUGCUACCCGGCGCCCUCGUCCCGGCCGCCGUUCCUCGGCACCAUGCCCACCAACCUCAAGGACGUGCUGGUCCAGAACAAGCGCUGGAUGUCUGGCUUUCUCGCCGUUGGCCUCUCUAGGCGCUACUGCCCGCUCGCCUGCCGGGGGCUCCUCGCCGUCUCCGUGCCGCAGGCCAUGACCGUCGCCUACUUCGGCUUCCUUUCGCUCUACGCGUUCCCAGCGCUGUGCUACGCCACCCUGCCGCAGCUCUGCUUCCUCCGCGGCGUCCCUCUGUUCCCGGACGCCGCCGCCGCCCCGUGGUUCGCCGCCGCCUUCGCAUCCUCCUUGGUGCAGCACCUGGUCGAGGUGUCGGUGGCGAGGCGCGGGCUGGCGGUGCGGACGUGGUGGAACGAGCAGAGGUUCUGGAUGCUCAACGCCGUCACCGCCCAGCUGUUCGGCUGCGUCAGCGCCGUCCAGGACCUCGUCGGCGCCGCCGCGCUGCGCUUCGACCUCACCAGCAAGGCCGACGACGAUGAUGGCGGCAGGCUGUACCAGAAGGGCGUGUUCGACUUCACGGGGUGCUCCACGCUGCUGCUCCCGGCCACCACCCUCUGCGCCCUCAACGCCGCGGCGCUGGUCGGGGGCACCUGGAAAAUGAUGACCGGAGGCGGCGGCGGCGGCUUGUCCGGCGAGAUGUUGCCGCAGCUGUUUCUCCUGAGCUACGUGGCGGCGCUGAGCUACCCGCUGCUGGAGGGGAUGUUCCUCCGGAUGGACUCCGCAAGGGUUCCAGGGCGCAUCACCGCACUCUCAGUCGCCUUGGCCGCGGUGCUGCUCUCCCUGUUUGGAUAGGGACGGCACCCCCUCGUCUGCCAUUAUAUUCGUCAAGACGAUGGAGUGCAAAAAGCUAGAAGUACAUGGACAUGGCGAACCGUACAAGCUAUGGCCUCGUUCACGUAGCUGUGUAAUGCAAACUCGAGUGUUGUUGAGUCUGCUGGCACUCUGAGUGCCAUCAGGCACGGAAACACUAGAUUUGAGUCGGACAUGCAGAUCGAGUGCUUGUACGCUCAAAACUAUUGAAAUCCUUAACAAAAAGUACUUCUCAUCCUAAGCUGCUUGACCUAA